CUCAGGUCACGACGCGCCGGGACAGUUUAUAUAGCAGAAGGCAAACGAAUGAUUUCUCGUCUAUUCAGGUUGUAGAUUUAGUUGUAAUCGCUCCAAAUAGUCCUUGUCAGCUGAGGAUCAAUAUGUCAGAGAAUUCAGACCGAAGGUUAGUUGAUUUCUCCUAAAAAAAAGUAGGUUAAAUUAGACCAUUCUAAUCCUCUCGCAUUCUCGACACGUUCCCGAUGCAAAGCAGGCCAAGCUUUAAUCCCUUGUCGAAUUGCAUUACUUCUUGUAUCUGUUCGUUACAAUUAGAUCAGCCAUGAAGUUUAUUUUAAGUCUGACGUACAUAUAUAAGCGCCAAGAAAAGCUUUCGUACGCGGCUCAACUACGAUUUGCUGUUAAGACAACAACAAAUUUGAGAAUAAAUGAAGGCGGGUUAUAGUGACUUUCACAGCAGUUGUCCUCAUUCCUUAAUUGGGAAACGUGAAAUUUUGUUCCUGGAGUACAUGUAUAUGUAAUGUAUUUGUCUUUGAUAAAAUUAUGCCUUCCAAUGUAAGCCUACUAUCAUCCCUUAAUCAAUCUUUAUAGGGACCAAAGAGUCACUCAUAUGACUAUUUUUCUAAAGAAAUUAUAAAUAUUUUGUUUUCAUGUUAUAACAUAACAAGUCAUAUCCUAUGCAUGUAUUAAAAAUGCAUAAACCCUUUCCAAUACAGCUUGAGACAUUGGUUUAAAUUUCUGAGUCUUUGAGAUCGGCACUCAAUCUCCCACUAGAGUUUCUGAUGCCUUCUACCUAUGUGUGUUGGGGUGAGGGGAGGGAGGGGGGCGAAUGCAUGGAAGUUUUCAGGGACUAAACAUUUUGUAUAUUAAACCAGCUACUAAGUUGGAUUGCAGUGAUGUUUUGACACAACAUUAAACAAAGCAUGUCCACUUAAACAGCUAAUAAAAGAUACAGUUAAAAUGUGUAUAUACAAGAAAUAUCCAUACCUUGAUUCUCAAUUUCCUUUGUGGAAUAAUUAGGGCUGCGUUAGGAGACAAAGGAAAUAGAGAACCAACCUAGGUUAAAAAAUUUUAACUUUUGACCAGUAACAUAUGUUUCAUUACCGAAAUAGUGUUCGGCAGUAAACAUCUGAUUGUUAUAUCACAUUAUUCAUUCAAAAUAUUUUCCCGAUUCUGAUUGGCUAAAAGAACUCGUUUAAUUCACCAUAAUCAGUUACUGAUGACCAAAUUUGGAAGAAUUUUGUGUUUGACGAGGAAAUGACGUCAAAAAUGCAGCGUUUUCGCAGGUUAAGGCACCGUUAACCGAGAAGACGUGGGGACGAGGUUGAGUUGUUUUGAUUGUGAACUUGAAAAAUGGCGGACAUUUCACUCGUUUCAAGAGUAAGAACUAGUCGAAAACAUAGCUAAAAACAGGGCAACAAGACAACUCGAAGGGCGACAUCUGCUAUUUGGAGAAUAUUUGCGGAGCUGGACAAACCUAAACGUGCUCUAUCGAAGAUGAACUUACCAUCGAUGGAUCGAUGGAGGUUAGCAUGUUUUAGCCAUGUUUUUAAAGUAGGAAUUAUUUUGAAUGAAUGAUAAAACAAUUUGAAUUCGGCUUUCGUAUCAUAUGAAGAAUUAUGGAGAUCUCAGAGGGUGAUAACACCCUCCGAGAUCUCCAUAAUUCUUCAUAAGAUACUCAGCCUCAUUCAUUAAUUCUUAAUUAUCAGCUUUGUUCAUCAAGUCCUGUUGCUUUACAGUUUUAGAGGCAGACCAUAUAAUAUUAUUUUAAAGGUCACGUUUUUUUAAAACAAAGAAAUCGAAAUUGCAAGUAAGGGAAAUAUAUAUAAGCAGCAUUAAGUGAAUGUCAAAUUCAAUUCUUGUCAUGGAUACUGGUUGUCAAAUUGUUGCAAGUAAGAACAGAAAUUAAUGCAGGUGACAAGGCAAGUAAUAAUUCCAUAGGAGACAAUUCGAUGGACACCAUGCACGGCAGAUAAAACGCAAGCUAUGAUUUGACAAGAAAAAAAUGAUCUCAUGAGAGACUUUAUCUUUGUCUUUAUCUUUAUCUUUAGCUGGGCUACCACUAGUAAAGGGCUGGGUAAAGUGGAUUUCCCCUGGCUACUAUAAGCACGACCCCUUUCAAAGUGAACCAAAAGGUUAAUAGAACAAAGGAAAUGUUCACUGUCUACUUAAAUUGCAUAAUACUUGGCAAACUGAAAUUUUAGUGGACAACCCUCAUGCCUAUGCCAUAUCUUUCCAUAUCAUCCUGAACACUCUGUGUCAGACAAAAAUGUGUCAUUUAUGAUCGUUAGCAAGAUGACUUUAAAGAAUAGUUUGUCAUUUUUCUGUCUAACUAAGAAAAUGCUGAUGUUUCCCUUUUUUGUAGACAUGAUUACAGUCAUGACUAUAAUGAGGUUGAGGAGAUCUGCAAAACUAUUUUGAAUCAAACUAAGCAUCGUCCUACCAUUGGCAUUAUUUGUGGUUCAGGUCUGUCAUCGCUGGGAGAUAUUGUUGGAGAAAAAGAUGAUAUACCCUAUGAGAAGAUCAAGCAGUUUCCAAGAAGUACAGGUACAAAGUUUAAUUUAAUCUCACUUGUGAUUUAAUCAAAUUUGCACUAAAAAUGUGUUAAAAAAUUAGCAACUAUUGGAGAAAAGGUUUAGUGUGGAGAUUGACCGACACCCUUCGAGAUCUGCAUAAUCUUCAGAUCAUAUGAUACAGAAGCCUACAACACUGUAUAUAGAGUUGCUACAAGUCGACCUCUCAUAGGGCUCAAAAGAUUCAAUGCACGAGGUUGCACAGCAGCCGAGUGAGUGAUGAAGUCUCGAGGUCGACCUGUUUCGCCAAAAUGGAUUUGAAUCAUGUUAUAAAUUCACGCGGUAAAAAUUUGAUUGACAUAUAUAUAUGCUGUGUCAGGAGCAGUGUGAAAUAUCACUCACUGUCUUAUUGGUCAGUCAUGACGACUCACCGGUAUGAUUUUCAAUUCGUGAAACUCGUGCCAAACAGAUAUAAAAAGUCCUUUAAAAUGGCAUAAGCAAUGAGGAAAAAUAAAUAAAGGACUUUUAGAAAGUCUAAUGAAAGCCAAAUUCAUUGUUCAUUCAAACUAAUUCCUAGUUCAAAAACAAUAAAAACCUGCUUUCCUUGAAUGAUUGUCAUUCAGUUUUUGUCUUUGCCUGCUUCUUAGCAAGUUCAGGAUAUAAAGGGAUGUUUAGACAGUCUAGAAGAUACACUUCACAUAGCAGAUGUCAUCCAUCGAGUUUUAUUUUUGCUGUUCUUGUAAGGUUUUAGGCAGUAUACUGUAGUUCAGACCUUUUUGAUCUUCUUCCCAAAAUGUGUGAAAUGCUCCACCAUUAAUUUUGUCUUGCUCUACCAAAACCAGCAAUGCAGCCUUGUCCAUGGCCAGGGCUUCUCGGUUGCUGUCCCUUUUUCUGGCAAUUAUUCAGUACUACUGAUGUCAUUUUCUGCAUAAUUAUCACAAACAUCUUCCAUAUUUGGCCAGUACUAGGUGGUUAUGAAGAAUUGGCUGUGGGAUUUGAGCCAAUCAAAAAGGGUAAAAAUUUUGAAUAAGUAGUAAAAUGUAUAUUGUGUAGUACACUGUUGUGUUUAAGUGUCAUCCUUUCCUUUGGAAUUAAUCCACUCUACCCUGUGUUUAAUAGUUCAUGGUCAUGUAGGAAAGCUUGUGUUAGGUGUUCUUAAUGGCAAAACAGUGAUAAUGAUGCAAGGCCGCACCCAUCUAUACGAAGGCUACACAGUUGGGCAGGUAAUAGUUAGACCCAUUUAUUUAGUUUUCCUUGUGUAAUCUCUAAAGUUUUGUAGUAUUAUAAAUUUAGUAUGUAACUUUUAGGUUUCAAAAAACCACACAAAAUGUUAACACAGAUUUCAAAACAUAAGGGAGCAGUAUUAAAGUUGCAAUCCAUGAUUAACCCAUUUGCCCCUGAGUCACCCAUAACCACCCGUGCGGAUCCACGUCCUUUCUACUGCUUGUGACAUCAUCAGUUUUAACGGUCAACGCGAACUUGUGCAGAGUGAAGAGAUCUUUCAAACCAUACCAGAAUGAACACAAUUCAGUCAGGGACACUGGAGAAAAAGGACAAAAACCAUGUAACAUCAACCUGAAAAUCUCCAUGAAAAUCUUGUUCCAUUGCCCACCUACCUUUCCUUUCACCUAAUCCUAAGAUCCUAAAAGCUUUCCUAAAAACUCUUACCACCAAAAUGAAGCCUACUAAAUGCCCAGCAAGAGAAAAAAAAAUGAGGCAAGAAAAGCAAAAAAACUCAAAGAGGGGAGGAGAGAAAGCAAAAAGUAAAAGUCAAGACUGCUGUGUCACUUUUACACCCAAAAACUGUCUUGAAAUUUUGCUUUCUGCACAUGCCCGAACUUUGUAAGCUAACAGUUUACAUCUGGAUCAGAAGGCCGUGAAGUGUGCGACCUCUAAACGGUUUUGUGGUAAGUUUUAGCUCUUUAUACAUGUAGCACGAAAGUGACCAGAAAACCACUCUAAUGAUAAUAGAUUCAAAACACGUUUUUCAGCAAAAUCUCCAGGAGCAAAUGGGUUAAAGGGUGUGACAAAAACUGUUAAAAUGAAACGUCAUUUUGGAAAAUAGCACUUUUGAUGGGCUGCACUGCCCUCUUUUACCUCGAUUGAAGGGCCAGAAACUUCAAUAGAAUCUCUGUAUUUUUUACCUUCAUGGAAGGGACAUUUCUCUUUAGGGGAUGCCUGUCCUAAUCUUUAAUCUGAAUGAAGGCCUUACCAUAUAAUCUUUAUUCAGUAUAUUUUACUGCUAUUUAAAAGACAUUUCUCUUUAGGGAACACCUGUCCUGAUCCCAAGGCUGUUCCCUAAAUGCAGGCUACUUUUAUCAGUAAUCUCAUCGAAAAGCUUCCUUUUAGGGGACACCUGUCCUGGCUCCAAGGGUGUCCCCUGAAUGGUGGGUCUAUUGUAUAAUAUUUUUGUAUCAGUUACAGUCAAACCACGUUAACAUGGACACUGAGGGGGCCGUAGAAAGUGUCUGUAUUAACAGGUGUCCAUAUUAAGCGGGUUGAGUUUAGAGAACACGUAAGGGUUCUCUUUCCCCAGGACAAAGCAAACUGUCCAUAAUAACAAGGUGUGUGUCUUAAGUGGGUAUCUGUAAUGUAGGGUUUGACUGUAUCUUUAUUCAGAGGAUAUCUCUAUUCAGGUGAUACCUGUUCUAGUCCCCGGGAAGUCCCAUAAAUGGAGGCUCCACUGUGUAAUCUUUGUAUCAGCCAUCUCUGUGGAAGGGACACCUCUAUUUAGGGGACACUUUUCUUGAUUCCCAGGGCAUCCCAUGAGUGGAAAGCUCCACUGUACAGUGCUGUCGUUAAAAUUUCAAGUUGUCAGGCUAAUGGCACAAGUAGGUGGGGAAUCCAACAGCUAGGGAUUUUGUUUGCUUCUACUGUAUUUCUCUUCUAUUUUCCUACCAAAGUAGAUGGGGGACAUGUUCAUAAUAGCGGUUGAAGAUUCCCUGGCCCCCCAUCCCUGACUGUACGUUUUGUAUCAGUUAUCUAUAAAUGUCGCAUCGUAAUAAUGACAACUGAAACUGAUUAUUACUUCUGGGUUUAAAACAGAUCACUCUUCCUGUGCGAGUUAUGAGUCACCUUGGAGUCAAGACUCUUAUUGUCACCAAUGCUGCGGGUGGACUCAAUCAGAAGUACAAUGUGGGUGAUAUAAUGAUAGUAAAGGACCAUAUCAAUCUGGCGGGACUGACUGGAGAGAGUCCAUUGAGGGGUCUGAAUGAUGAGAGGUAAUUAAGUACUAAAAAUUAACAGGACUAAAAGAGGUAACUUGGCUGAGUGGUCGGCACAUUGGUCUUGCGAUCCAAAAGGCAGCAGAUUCAAGUCCCACUUUGACCAUUAGCUGGCUUUGUUUCUUUGUCAUCCUGACUUCAAAUCGUCAGUCAUGCUUGUUGGGGUUUUUAAUGCUGCUGUGUUGUUAAUUAGUUUCAAAUUAUUUGAAUCAAGUGCCUGUAAAGCAGUGCAACCAACUGUCCCAGUCUCUGUCUCUGUCUCAGGCAGCAUCUCAACUGUCCCACCCAGCAUCCAAACUUUCCCACCCAGAGCAUCCCAGCUGCCCUGCUCAGCAUCCCAACUGUCCCAGCUAGCAUCCCAACUGUCUCAGGCAGUGUCCCAACUUUCCCACCCAGAGUAUCCCAGUUGUCCUGCUCAGCAUCCCAACUGUCCCAGCCAGCAUCCCUACUGUCCCAGCCAGCAUCCCAACUGUCUCAGGCAGCAUCCCAACUGUCCCACUCAGAGUAUCCCAGUUGUCCUGCUCAGCAUCCCUACUGUCCCAGCCAGCAUCCCUACUGUCCCAGCCAGCAUCCCAACUGUCCCAGUAAGCAUCCCAGCUGUCCUGCUCAGCAUCCUAACUGUCCCAGCCAGCAUUCCUUUUGUCUCACCCAGUAUCCCAACUGUCCCACCCAGCAUCCUACAUGUAACUGUCCGGUCCUGCAUCCUAAAUAGAGACAUUUAGUACAUUUUUCAGUCUUCACAUAUUCUAAAAAAAAAUGUAGGAACCCCAGAACGUUUCAUCUUACAUUUUUUUACCAGAAAAAUUAACGCAGUUGUUUUUAGUGAAGGAGGUUAUAAAAUCUCACUCCUUAUCGCAAAAAGAUGAUAAAACUUGUUUCCACCACUACAACAUUCUGGUUUAAACCCAUAGCAGAAUGACCCCAGCCGCUCUAUCUAAUUUCCUGCCAAAAUGAUGCUGGUUCACGCGCGUACAGUACUUAGUAUUGGGAAAUCUAGUUCUCAUAGUCGUGUCUCUACUGUCAUGCUAAUGGAAUCCCAACUGAACUGUUCCACUUGGGGCCCCAACUGUUCUGCCUGGCAUCCCAACUUUUUCUGAUUAAUCGCAUUGUUUUCUUCCUCAUUUUGAAAUCUUCUGCCACAAGUGAUUUUUAACUCAAGAUUGGUUCACCAACGCAGUGUACAUGUAUAGCAACAAUAAAAAAGAAGUAUAAUGUUCCACUCUGAGGAGCUGUUCAUUGAUUUAGCUUAACAAUGGUUUACUUUUGUCAUUUAAAGGUUUGGUACCAGAUUUCCAGCUCUGUCUGAUGCUUAUGACCGAUCUCUUGUCAAAACUGCCCAGGAGACAGCUAAAGAACUGGGUUUUGACAGCUUUUUACAAGAAGGAGUAUACUGCGCUCAGGUUGGACCUGCAUUUGAAACCCCUGCUGAAUGUCGAUUCCUGAACAUGGUGAGAAAAACAAAGCCAAUAAAUAUUUUUAUAAUACAUGUACAUUGUACUCACUAUCUGUUAGUGUCUUCUCAUUGGCUAAGAACCAACAGCUAAUUAUAUAACCUACAGAUUAGCUACAAAACUCGUCACAAACCGUUAAAACAAAACCCCUUUUUCUUGAAUUUUUUUCCAAAAUUUGUUAUAUUCACUCUUCUCACCUUUGUUCUCACUAAAAUGUGCCCCUCUCCUUCCCCAGUGUUGAGCCCCGCGUAUUUUGGAACACUGAGAUGACUGCAAUGCCCAAAUCAACAUUAGGGAAGGGAAAAAUCACAAAAAUUCCCAACUUUUCACCUUCGACGUACACGUUCUACAAUCAAUGUACACUCAACAACAACAUUCCACAAUCUGACCUUUCUUCUACUAUCACUUAUCCUUAAUACAACAAGUGCAGUUCUAAGGUUUCAGCAACACGCAAUACAUUUGAGAAACAAUGACUCUGUUAUAUGCCUCAGCUAUAGAUUAUAGAAUACAACUAAGCAUUUAUCUAUCAAUAUUAAUCAUGUCAUGCAGUCAUUGAUAUCCGGUUUAAUCGAUCGCGUGCAAACUCUAGCGAUAAUUACAAUUUCGUGUCAUUUCCCUUAAAAUCACGCAAUGGAGUGCUCGUUGCGUUACAAAAUGCGUACUAUUUCCGACAAUGUACAAAGGGCAGCCAAUUAGAAUUUGAAUUCUGAUAUUAGGUUUAAAGAGUUAAAACGAGUAAUGAAACUCUUUUCAGCUUGGUGUAGAUGCUGUUGGAAUGAGCACGGUUCAUGAAGUGGUGGUUGCAAGGCAUUCUGGGAUUAAAGUUUUAGGAUUCUCUCUGAUCACUAAUAUUGCCGUCAUGGGUUAUGGAGAUGACGUCACUCCUGCAAACCAUGAAGAAGUUCUUGAAGCGGGCAGAAAACGGUCUGUUGACAUGAAAACCCUGGUCUCUGCUAUUGUAGGGAAAAUCUAGAUUAGCUAAAUUUGCCAGGCCAUUAACUUUUGAUUAGUACUCUAUGUAAUGUUCACUGGGUGAUCGUUUAUUUUCUAUAUUCGUGAUUUCCUGGAAAACGCGCCUUGAUUACUUACUAAGGCUUCGUCCACUCGUAUCUUGAUAUUUUUGAAACGGAGAUACUUUUUCUCCGUUUUAGCCUCCCGUCCACACGUAAACCAGGGUUCGUACAGGUCAUGAAAAACCUGGAAAGUCAUGGAAUUUAAGAAUUUAAUUUUCCAGGCCUGGAAAGUCUGGUAGUUUAGUUACUGUAGAUGACAUAGCAAGGACAACGUACUGUAAGAUAGAGAGGAGUAAUUAAACGGCGCAAACGGCACACAUUUUGGUGGACACCAGAGUUUCUGUCUGCUGAACUUUUAAAGGUCAAAAAUACCCCAAAACAAGGGAAACUUUGAAAAUUUUUUUAAGUGACAGCUAAACCUAAGGUCUUGGAAAACUUGAAAAGGUCAUGGAAGGAGUCAUGGAAUAUGACGAGCUCAAAAGAAUACGAACCCUGGUAACCGGCACCAAACGGUCCCCAGAUGGCAGGUUUUUUUUAAAAAAAAAAAAAAAGCCGGCUUAAAAAAACGACGAAAACGAGUAAUGUCAUACAUCAUACAGCGCAUGCCCCGUAAAUGACGCUAUCGAAUUUCCAUCGUAUUAGCGUUUUCUUGUGGAUGGGCGAAAACGAUUGGAAUACGCGUAUUUUUCCGAAAAAGGAUUGAAAAAAAAUCUCCGGUUUCAAAAACAUCGGGAUACGUGUGGAGAUGGCCUUGAUGAAGAAGACUGUAUUUUUUUGUAAUUUUAUCUUCGUUUCCGAAUUUACGCGAAAUGUUCAGUACAUUCAACUGAUUUGGUUAACUUGAGGCUCUGAUUUCUGGCAACUGCGAGGAAGGAGGGGAAAUUUAUUAAGAGGGUUAUGAGGCCAAAUCAUGUCAUUUGACUACAUUUUGAGGUGUGUAAUAUUUGUUGUCAAAUGUUUCUUGACAUGGGUGUAAAAAUUCUUAAAUGAAUGAUCAACGUAUUUAAAAGGUGUUUUGGAUAUUUCUACCUAUUUUGUAUCGUUAUCCAUCGGGAACAUGAUAUAUUUUAAGGCAAUUAAAGGCACUAUCUAAGUCACACAUGGAUAUAGGAGGUUUCGUAUGAGCUUGUAAUUUCGCAGGGAAACAGUGGUGGCGUCUCAAAAUGUCGGCUGUUUUCUCAGGCUUCUUAUGAUGAGCUAGCACUUAUAAUAAAAGUAUUAAAUGUUUAUUUAAGUGGAACCUUUUUAGAAUUUUCCUUGUAGCCAAUUUGAAUGUUGUGGUAUAAAAUGACGGGUUUUGGUGCAUAGUUUUUCAACUUCAAUAUUUAUAAUAAGUAAGAAUUAUUAAUAAUUAUGAGGUAUUAACCUAGUCUGCUACACAGCCGUUUUUAGUGUCGUCACGCAACGCUCCUCCCCACUAACGGCUGCUGAAAACCGAACUACAUUCCUUUCCCGUGAUUAGCCAAUUAUAAUUCAGUUCCCAUUUUCUGGAAAGUGUUCGCGCCACCUUCGCGGUACUGUGACUCCUCCAAUCACAGCUUUGCUUUUAUCGUUGCCCCAUGUGUGAACGACAGAACAAUCAAAAUCGUCGCGUGAAAACAAGCAAUUAACUACAGUGUUGUCUUAGUCGAGUCCUAUUCAAAAUUUAGGAGAUAAGCAGCAACAGCAAGAAAGUCGAGCAAAUUGCGAUUCACAACAUGGAUGUGCUCAUAAAGUUGCCAGGUAUAGUUUCGGGAAAUCGCUCAUCGAUAAUUUAUAAGAUUACUUUUUGACUCAGUGCCCUUGAGAGUUUAGUCUUCACAGAACACAAUGAGCACAUCCGGUGCAUUAAAUUCGUCACUACAUAUCAGCACAUAUGCACGUUAAAUGAAGAACCAGCCGAUCCUGGUAAAAGUUUUCUAGGCCUAUCAAACCUUCUUUUCACUUGGAACUUUCUUGACCGCUUAAAACAAACUUUUUUGCAAAUUAACCUUUUCGUUGCUUGAAAACACCAUGGAUAAUAGAAAGACUGGAUAGGAAACUGGCUGACGCGAUCGUUUCCAACAUAGUGGAAAAAUGUGACGUCACAUUAUUGAGAGCCAUUCAACCCCAUUCGACGUUUUGCGCGUCUUAUGUUUCCUCGCAUAUUUCACUAUCUCUGUCUUCGACUAUACAUAUUGGCCAUGUUUUGAAGUAAAGGAUGAAGAGGACUUGCUCUUGGAGAAGAUUUGAGUACAGAACCGGUAGAGGCAAAAGACAGAGUCAAUGAUUAUGAAACUUGUGAGAGCGACGAAUGACUCCAGCGCCCGGUAAUUUUAUGCACCAAACGGGAAGCCUAACUACAUAAAAAGUGUGCGAAAACUUACAUGUAUACAGCUACAAAACACCUAUAAAAAAGGCACAGCCUAAUUUUCUUCAAACCACAAGAAAACCGGAAAAAAUUUUAACCCUUUUCAUCAGGGUUUUCAUGAUUUCUUUUCUGCUUUUAUCGACAAGCUCAGCGAGUGUCAAAUUUUAUAAGUUAACUACCCUUGACAAAAUGAUUUUAUUAGCGGUAAAAGUACCCAGCUCAACCAAGCGUUUAAUUUUCCCUUCAAUUUUAUUUUUCGGACAACCAGUGACAAGAAGUCGUAUUUGAGAAAUAUAAAAAAGCGGGGAAAAGCUCACAGCAGAGAAAGGAAAUUUGCUUGCGGACCACCGUGGAAACGCCGUUUCUAAACUUUUUCAAAUCAAUUUUCAUUGUGAAGCAAGUUGUUUUGUUAUUUUCAGGUAUAAAUGUACAGUGACCCAAGGUACUUUUCAGUCAGGUCUUUGAAAAAGCGAACUGCAACGCUUUUAAAAAUGUUAUGUAAAACGGUUAAUUGUUACCUACCAGAAUACAACUGGGAAGCAAACUCUCCUGGUUAAUAGUAGAACCUUCACUUUUUUUUCAUUAGGAAACACUUGUCUUCCAUGAGGCUUAAUAAAACCUAGAAAUGUAUUAUCUUUGAAAUACUGACGUUUAAGUUUUUGUGUAGUGUUAAUGAUAUGGAUAAGGAAUACUGUAAAUCACCUCUGAAAUAUACAUAAACACUGUUCCCAAAGAAAAAUAGAAGCUGCUUAUCUAUGUAUGAAAAAAAAAAACAGUAACAUCAGGGGCUAUGGGGUUUUUGUUUAGUCUGAGGUUAGUGGAUGAGGGAUUGAAAAAAUAUGACUGUCUGGUCACAUUAUCAUGUUGUUGAAAACAAAAUGCACCCCCCAAACAAGUACAGGUAUAUGUUUUAUUAAUCUGAUUUAGAAUAUACCUUGGUAAGGUUUAUCAUCUACAGGUACAUUGUUGCUUUGGAUCUCUAAAAAACCGAAUACAAUAAUAGUGCUAAUCAAGUCCAUCCUUGGUCUGAAAAACAAUGUGAUUCAGAUACAGACCGUUUCAGGGAAGAACACUAACCAACUUAAACACAUGACUCUGUAGCUAAUACAAGCAUUGACCCUCAAACACAGUUAAUUUGUCCCACUCACAAAGAAGUAAUAAAUACACUUCAGAAGUGAUAAAUAAAGUUUCUUAUCAUAAAUGCUUUAGAUGCCACCUUCCGGCUCUCAUGCAUGACUAAAGCAACUUUGUUGAUGUUUAAUACAGAAAGAUUGAUUGAUUUGUGCCCUCUCAGAAGAGUACUUGACCACAAUUUUACUGUCUUCAUUCACUAUGUGUGAUUGGCAAGUCCUACAAGAAUGAAAAACAAAAGGAAAUCUAAAACACUUUUUAAAAAAUAACAACAACACUUAGGAGCCUGAACGGAGGACAAAAAAGUCAGUAGGUGUUUUCCCAUUGAUGCAACAAUUAUUUAUAGUUUAUGUAAGGGAAAAGUACAAAAUUUAUUCGAGUCUCUUCAGUGCCUUCCAAUACAAGCUGCGAGGAGCGAUGUGAAGCUAUUGUAUUCACUGGAUAUGUAAUAUAGCAGUUUUAUUUCAACAUUAAAAGAUGAGCGAAAUUAACAUACUGCUUUACGAACAAUAUAGCAGGGUUAAUCUAGGAUAUUACUUGAGCGAAACAGUUCUCAACCCAAACUUGUCGGUCGAUUGGAACUUCACACACCGUGUGCGUACCCUUGCUCGGAGCCAGCUCCAAACGUAGUUAGUUUCAGCCAUUUUCAAAUGAAAUUUAUGGCUGAAAAAUAACAGCAUUUAGUCUGUAACUAUGCCUAUGCCACAAUUCCAUUCUUAAAACAUCUGUCUAUCCUAGUUAAGAAUAGAAACAAGAAGAAACCUUCAUAACAAAGGCGUCCCAAAACAGUCGCCAAGUGCACUAAAUAUGUCUCUGGUAAGGUCAAUUUUUGGGACGCAAUUUUCUCAAAGACAAGGACAAAUAACACAAAACAACAACAAGAAGUGCUUACCUUGAAGGUUCAAGUGUGGCUUUGAAGGAUCGCCAUCGCCGAAGACAACAAGCGAAGGAAAAAACACCCACCAAAAAUUAAAGUACCACUAAAAAAUCCGAAAAAGAACAACAUGCAGGCAAAGAAACCCUACAUUUCGACUGGUUUGCGCCACAUUUUCGCCAUCGUUUCGUCACAAAUCUCCACUAUGAUGGAACCAUCCAACGCCAUCUUGGAGCACGAACCAACCAAUCGGCGAUAACAAAUCAGCCCACGUGACUUAAGUUUCCUAUCCAGUCUUUCUAUUAUCCAUGAAAACACAGAGCCCGUCUAAAUUCAGCGACGAUUGAUUGAUUUGUCGAAAACUGAGAAGCGUGCUCGCUUCCUAGCGCCCUGCGGCUCACGUAUUGUCAAAUUUCUUGUACAUGAUUGGUUUGUUCGUUAGACCACAAACACAAAGGGAAAGGAAUGUAGUUCGGUUUUCAGCAGCCGUUAGUGGGGAGGAGCGUUGCGUGACGACACUAAAAACGGCUGUGUAGCAGACUAGUAUUAACCCGGAUAUUUACCAUUUUUACAGAGAACACAAUGCACCCUUUUUACCCCUCCGAGUCCUGGAUAGCUGUUUUUUUCGAUUUCUCGCGGGACGACUGUAAUAUCCAGGAGAAGUAGCCCACGUUCGAUAUAAUUAUUAAAAUUCUAAAAUGACUCUGAGGCUUUCUGGUCAUUUUUCUAUAUUUGGUAUGGUUGUCUUUGUGCUCAAGUCUCUUCUGGGGAUUGCGCGACAAUGGAGUCGUCGAAAAAUUGCAGUUUUUGUUCCCAAAACCUCGGAGUCAUGUUAGAAUUUAAAUAUAUCGAAGGUGGGCUAUUAGAAACCAUGGUCAUGCAAAAACAAGGUGCAUUAUGCUCUCUGUCAAAAUAGCACCUUCCGCACAUUUUAGGAUAUCUUUUCCUUUUGGAUGCAAGUUUUAUCAUAUCACUAAUACAUGGAUGUAACUCAGUCAUCAAUA